UUGGCCACGAGCCGCGCGCCGCCUGCCGGGGGCCAAUUAGGACCCCGCGGGUUUGGGAGCCCUCGGCCAAUGGGGUGGGCGCCGUGCCUGGCGCGAGGCGAUCUGGCGCCGAUUCGCUGCCGCGCGGGUGUUCCUCUCAGGCAGCCAAUGGGGGCGAUUGGCGGGAGGGGGCGGUGCCAUUGCUGCUGGCGGGCGCCAUUGUGUGAGGUGUGAGGAGCUGAGGGGUGGGGAAGCGGAGGGAAGGUUGGGAGCUGAGUGAGUUUCCCUCGGUUACAAGGUGGAGACGGCGAUGGGGGCCGAGAUGGAACAGCCGGGAGAGGUGGCAGGCUCUGCGUCUGGCACAGUGUACCUGGACCACAAUGCCACCACUCCGCUGGCCCCGGAGGCUGCCCAGGCCAUGGAUGAGGCGGCUCGCCUGGCCUGGGGCAACCCCAGCAGCUCCCACCCUGCAGGCAAGAAGGCCAAGGAGCUCAUCGAGAGUGCCCGGGAGAGCCUGGCGAGGCUGGUGGGGGGCCGGCCCGAAGACAUCAUCUUCACCUCGGGGGGCACAGAGGCUAACAACAUGGUCAUCCACACUGCCCUCAGGUACUUCCGAGAAAGCCAGGGGCAGGGCCAGGCCGUGCCACACAUCGUGACAUCAAACGUGGAGCAUGACUCCAUCCGCCUGCCGCUGGAGCAGCUGGUGAAGGAGCGCCUGGCAGAAACCACCUUUGUGCCCGUGUCCCCACGAAGCGGGCGGGCUGAGGUAGAUGAUGUUCUUGCCGCGGUGCGGCCAACUACCUGUCUAGUUACUAUCAUGUUGGCCAAUAACGAGACAGGGGUCAUCAUGCCUGUUGCAGAGCUGAGCCAGCGCAUCUGUGCCCUCAACCAGAGGAGAGCGGCAGAGGGGCUGUCCAGGAUCCUGGUGCACACGGAUGCAGCACAGAUGAUCGGCAAGGGGCACGUGGAUGUGCAGGAGCUGGGGGUGGAUUACCUCACUGUCGUGGGGCACAAGUUCUAUGGCCCGCGGAUUGGCACGCUGUACGUGCGUGGUCCUGGCACCACCACCCCGCUGCACCCCAUGUUCUUUGGAGGUGGGCAGGAGAGGAAUUUCCGGCCAGGCACCGAGAACACCCCGAUGAUUGCUGGCCUUGGCAAGGCUGCAGAGCUGGUGAGCAGGAACUGGGAGGCCUAUGAGGCCCACAUGCGGGAUGUUCGGGACUACCUAGAGGCCAGGCUAGAGGCAUCCUUUGGGAAGGUGAGGAUACACUUCAACAGCCAGUUCACAGGCUCCAACCGACUCUGCAAUACCUGCAACGUCUCCAUCUUGGGCUCAGGCCUUCAAGGCCCUCCUCGAUUCUGCUCAGCUGUGGGAUCCCCUGUGACGUAGCGCAGAACGCCUUGCGGCUGAGUGUGGGGCGAGACACCACCCGUGCAGAUGUGGACCUGGUUGUGCAGGACCUCAUGCAGGCUGUGGCACAGCUUGGCAAGGACGAAGCCUCCUAGAGCCCAGGAAUCACUCCUUGCCCGUCACUCAGGUUCUCAGGGUAGGACUGUGCUCUGCUUCACUCCUGGGUGCUGGCUGUGGCAACCUCUUUUAUGCUGAUUGUGCAGGGGCAGGAUGGUGACCAAACUAAUAGCAAGCCACUGCUAACAGGAUUUGCUCCUCCUGUCCUAUGUCCAAUUUUCUACCUCCAUGGCUGCAGACUGAGUCCGUUUGGAAUCAGGGUUUGGCAGCAAUAACCUUCUGCCUGACAACCCAGCCAAACUGACCCAGCCUCCAGCUUGGAAUCAUGGAUUCAACAUUGUGGAAGUCGCAGCUGGAGGAGGAAGCGAGUUAGUCUGUUUCAGCAGCAGUGUGCUCUCAGGUCUGCUUAGCUGUCUAUUGCCUUGACCUUGCAGCGAUGGCAGUAUGGCUGGUUUGUCUCCACAGCAUGUGCUGCCUUCGCAGAAAAGCUUGCAAGUGUGUGCUGGUGGCAGCUGGGAGCUGGGGGCUGUGCUGAGGAGAUGGCUUUGCUACUUUGGGGCUGGGGCAGCUCAUCUAGCUCUUGCUGAGGACUCUGUCAUCCCUAUCACGUGGUGCAGACAUUUUGGGAGCAUUGCUGUCAGGCACUUUUUGCUCGCCAACACAUUUGUGCAUGUGUCAGAGUCUCAGAGCUUGGCUCCCUCCAGAGCAUAACAGGCAUUGAAGCCAUAGGAGCUGAAGGCUUUUGCACUGGUUGCUUUCCACAAAGGAAGCUUGCCUGCUGUCUUAUCACUGAGAGGAAGAAAGACCAUCUGUCCCAGAGAGAAAUGAGUUUAUAGUGGCGCAGCAAGAGGCUGAGCUGGGCAUUGCACUGCCCCUGCCAGAGGCCUAAGCCACGAAAGUGUUUUUUGGCUGGGAAAGUGUUGGGUAUAGCUUUCCCAGCACUGUAUUGCAUUACUUGCUCCCCAUCCUUCUUACAGUGGGCAGAGUUCCUGUUGCCAGCUCCACGUGCUCUGAAAAGAAAUGGCUGUUGCAGGUGCCCUAAUGUGUGCCAGUGCCUGAGGAAAUGUGUCAGCCCUGCUUGGCCAAGGCAGUUGCUCCGAUCACUGACAUUAAGAGAACGCGAGUGUCAAAUGCAUUGGAAGUGCUGCAGCUGGGCUGACUGAUUUCAGGGAAUCUGGUCUCUUGAUAUUCAUAGGAAUAAAAGUGAUUGCCAGUGCUGUGGCAUUUUCCCAUGUAAAA